CUUCCAUGUUGUGUGUAUAAUAAAGGCAACCGUCAAGUGUUUACAGACAGGCGCUCUGGCAAAGUUGCUUCUUUGAUAAUUAUUUUCCUGGUUGUGGGUGACCCUCAGCCAUCAGCGCAUAUCAUAAGGAAAUACCCAGCCACGGCUAGAUAGGAGUGUCACUGAUUAAUAUGCCAGUUGGCCAACCGGCGUCUUUGUUGGAUUUCCCAUGCAGUGUUAUUUUGAUGAAGCUAGGGAGUCUCAUGCGCGUUGGAUAUGACCGUUACUAGUCCACCCAAAUGACGACCGUAUGUAAGCAUUGCAGUGCACAGCGCAUGCUGCAAACAGUUCCACACACAUUGAGUGGUUAGCAUUGACGUUGGACUAGGGACUCGGGCAAUGGUUUAUAUCGCGUUGUAAGCUACUUGAUCUCGGUGGCGGUACCAUUACUACUACAAGAAUAUUGCAUCGUGCCGUAGCAACAUGUCGUCCGAUGCUGAGUUUCCCACCGUGGUGGAGUUGAAUGUUGGCGGGCAGCUGUAUACAACAGCCCUGUCCACCCUAACCCAGCAGAGCGACUCCCUGUUAACCCACAUGUUCACGGGUCGGGCUCGUGGUGGGCCACUGCAGAGAGAUUCACGGGGUCGGUACUUCAUAGACCGGGACGGCACACUAUUUCGUUACAUACUAGACUACCUGCGCAAUCAGAAACUGGUGCUACCAGAGAACUUCCCGGAGCGCGGGAGACUGCAGCAGGAGGCUGAAUAUUACCGGCUUUCACGUCUCGCCAACGCGUUAUCAGACGCAGCCCAGGCCGACAGCACGGCCGAUAAUGUGGGCACCAACUCAGUCAGCGUGGAGGGACGCUCGGACUCCCCCGGGUUCCUGACCAUAGGGUACCGCGGGACGUUCGCCUUUGGACGAGAUGGACUAGCUGAUGUGAAAUUCCGGAAGAUCCAGAGAAUUCUGGUGUGCGGCCGCGUGGCACUCGCCAGGGAAGUGUUCGGUGACUCUUUGAACGAGACCCGAGACCCGGACCGCGGCAUGAGUUCACGCUACAGCGCCCGGUUCUAUCUUAAACACGUGUAUCUGGAACAGGCUUUUGAUCUGCUGGCCACCCACGGCUUCAAGUUCAUCAGUUGUUGUGCUUCAGGUACGAGCUCCGGUCCGCCCGAGAGCGACGAGAGUAAGUGGAACCAUUAUAACGAGUUCGUGUUCCAGCGUCUAUAGAUUGUGGUAUAUGAUACCCCUGUAUUAUACUACUUAAUACCAUUCCAAACAAUUAUGCACAGAUGAUAAUAAGUGUUCUCCUCUGGGAAACCGUUUUAGGACACCGUGAUUUUCCCUCCUGCACCUGUACUCGUGAUCGGACUCACCUGUGUUUUUAUUGAUCGUGUUAGACACUCGGCUCGCUUCGAGAAGCGGCAACAAUGAUGUGGAAGACAUUUCUGGAAUAUUGCCACCGAAUGGAAAAAAAGAGAAUAUCGACAUUUCAUCAGUGGGAACCGGCUGGCAGUGCCUGUGGGGUUUAAAAGAAAGAGAUUGAUGGGGGUAACUUUAAAUCCUCCUCCUCUUCCUUAGCGACUCUGCCUGACAGGGUUUUUAAUAGAACUAUUGUCAGGUAAGCACGCACCUUCACGGCCAUGUUCGUGCUCCAUCUCUACACAGGAGACCUUUUACCGGACGUUGUUUCACGCGGGAAUAGAGCCGAGGUGAAAACAUGAAAUUGAGAAGCGUUGCACGAUGCAUUUUUGAUAUUGGCUGCUCCCUGGGUCGAUGAUGAGGUUUUUUGAGGGCGCCACCAUGUCGCUUUUAACCUGGGCCCAAUUUUGAAGAGCUGCUUAAGCACAACAAAAUGCAAAGCCACAAAAUUAUACUUUCCAGAGUAAGAGACCAUCCAAAAUAGCAUGUCACAUGUACAAUCUGUGACUGGUAUCCUGCUCAUAAAUGCUUAGCACACAAUAUUGAUGAGCAGUAUAUUAUGCUUCAGCGGCUCUCUAAGAAGUUGGGCCCAGGUCUGCGUGGUCGAGUUAUCAGCAUCCAACCGUGCCCGUGGCCGACGACCGAUUGCAGACUGGCUUUUAAUACUUAAAAGAAGUUGCUCACCAUGUUCGUCAAGCUCUUCACAUGGCACAGCCGGCUUCAACAUAGGCCAGCACUUUCACACGAUAACCUUUAGCAAUGUAUAGCAAAGUGUAGUUCCCCCAUUAUUAUCCCAUCACGGGGCUGCAUUUAAAAGCCAGCUAACUAUUCUAUAUCUCACCUUGUAGUACCAGUGAGUAAAGUGUGGUUCUCAGAAUCCACCAAAUGAGGGGCGUUAACCAUUGCAUAAGAGUCAGUUUCACCUUUAUAUAAUUAUACCCGGCACAACAUGGCGCCCAGAAUGUAGCCAAGGGUCAAGCAUCAGUCAGUUCACCACUCUGGUUGUAUGGCACAGUCUAACGUUGCACAAGGAAAUAGCCUUCAUUGAUGGAAAUCAUAAUCAAACCGAGUAAAUUCUAUAAUGUAAAAACGUGUGAUAAAAUAAUAUUGUGAAGUAUACUUUCAGUUUUGAUUAUAAUAGAAUCGCUAUCAUAACUAUAAUGUAUUGUGCAGUUAUGGCAAUUCCAACUGAAAUUGAUGGAUGGACAACACGAGAUGUGAUCAAAGGCGCAAUGUGAAUGUUGUGUAGUUUUACUCUGUAGUGUCUACUGCGUGCGGGUAUAGAGUGUGUAGAUAUUGUCAACGCCUACUGAUCUUCACUUCCAUUUAACCCUUAUCUGAGUUGUGCCCUACUUCCGCUCACUGUGGAAUGAGCUACCUGUUUUUAUUUGUUGGGGACUUUUAUCAGUCAAAAGCGACUCUGAGGAUGGGCAACCGGCAAAAUUGUUGUUGUCAGUUGUGACAGCCCAAGUGUAAAAUAUAUGUGCAAAGUGAUACCGCCACGCAACGUGCAUAGAUUUCUGGUUUGUUUUCAAUAACAUGUUUAUUAUUGUGGUUUUACACUUGAUAUGUUGUUAUUGUAUAUACAACAUUUCAUAUGAAACUACAGUGAUUCGUUUCUGAUGCAAGCUCGCGUAGCUGAAUGGAACCAUAGAGAAACCGUGGAGAACUUUCCUCACAUGAUAAUAUAAUACAAAUGAAUAAAGAAAACAAUUUCCAACUUCUAGGAAAUCACUGACUGUCACAUUGCUGUCUUUAAUUUAACUGACACCUCUUAAAUUGCACCGAAUAUUGCUUGUGACUUAUAAGCAUGUGGAAGAAGAAAUACCACACAACAAAAAAUCAGUAGCUUGACCAGUCCUGUGUCCGACACCCUGACACUCACACACACACGCACACUCCAUGAGUGAUUAGCCCGAACUCGUGAAUCUUGCACACUCGCAUUACAUGGCGUUCCACCUUGGCCAUUACUGCCACACCUGGCCGGUUGAGAAUGUCGUUCGGUACAUGCAGCCGAUUUCACGAAUUCACGAGCAACCCGUCCUAACUUAGGAUGGGUUCAAUUCGUGCUUCGUAUUUGGAUAC